AACAGUUCCGCGGUCUAGAUGACAUAAAAUGGUAAUUUCGAAAUUUUUGGUGAUAAUCUCGGAAAUAAUUAACAAAAAGUAAAUUUUAUGGUCAUUAACCCGCUAAUUUACUUUCAAAACAUGGCAAUUUCCAAUCGAAUUCCAUUGAAGUCGUUCAUCAAAUAUGCCCGUAACUACUGCUCAACGCAUUCGGUUGAUCAAAUUGAAAGCCUCUCAAUCACAUUGGGCGGCACUGGAACAAAUGGGGUAGAGUUCUUAAGAUGGAGAAAUGGAGGUGGAAUGUUUCACAAAUCAGCUGAUAUAGACCCGACAGCGCUCGUCGAAAUCGGUGCAGUAGUGCAUUCUAAAGCUGAUGUUGGUGCUAAUGUUGUCGUUGGAUCAGGAGCUGUUAUUGGACCUAAUGUUGUUGUUGGUCAUUCUACUAAGAUAGGGUAUAAUGUCUCACUAAGCAAUUGUACUAUUGGUGUUUCAUGUGUGAUUCAUAAUGGAGUAUGCAUUGGCCAAGAUGGAUUCGGGUUCUUUGUUGAUGAUAAGGGAAGCAUGAUGAAGAAACCUCAAUCGCUGGAUGCCGUGAUAGGGAACCAUGUAGAGAUUGGGGCAAAUACAUGCAUUGAUAGAGGCAGUUGGCGAGAUACAGUUAUUGGUGAUCAUUCCAAGAUUGAUAAUUUAGUCCAAAUUGGUCAUAAUGUAGUUAUUGGGAAUAGCUGCAUGCUUUGUGGACAAGUUGGGAUUGCAGGUUCUGUGACAAUAGGAGACUAUGUCACUUUAGGCGGAAGGGUUGCUAUCCGUGAUCAUGUCUUUAUUGCUUCAAAGGUUCGACUAGCUGCUAAUAGUUGCGUCACCAAGGACAUAAGAGACCCUGGGGACUAUGGUGGAUUUCCUGCAGUUCCAAUUCAUGAAUGGCGAAGACAAGUUGCUAGUCGCUGCCGGGACUCAAAAAAGAAAACUCUAUAGAUUUGUCAGAAAAUAGAAAACUUGGAAGCAACAUCCUGCCUCCAAUUUUGUCACUGCAGCAACUUGGAAGAUAUGAAAAUGGCUUUUUCGAAAUACUUUGAACAGUCAACUGCAGAGAUAUCAAGUGUGCACUCUGCAAAGCUGUAGACUAGAAAUAAGGUCAGUUUUUCCUUUUAGCCGCAAAUUUCUUAGCCGACAUGACGAGUUAUUGUGCCUCACCACUUCCAGCACUAAGUGAUCGAGUAUGACUGGCAGCUUUUCUAUGAACUUAUAAAUGAUGGUUUAUUUUCUUAUUAUUACAAAAAGAAAAAUACAUUAUUCUUUCUAGUACAUAAGGAGCAUUUAAAAUUAGAUAACUUUAAUAGAACAUUAUAUAUGCACUUUGUUCAAUGAAAUCUAGCAGCUCUUGAUACCA